AUGGCGGCGCGGAUCCGCGAUGUGUGGGCCGACAAUUUUGAGUCGGAGAUGAACGCCUUUCGGGAGACGAUGGAGUCGUUUCCCUAUGUGGCUAUGGCAGGUGACACUGAGUUCCCAGGUAUUGUUGCGCGGCCGAUUGGCCAGUUCCGUGGCUCGACCGACUACCAGUACCAGCUGCUGCGGUGCAAUGUGGACCUGCUGCGCAUCAUUCAGCUGGGCCUCACACUCUGUGACGAGCACGGCAACCUGCCACCGGACACGUGUACGUGGCAGUUUAAUCUGCGCUUUGAUGUGGACGAGGACAUGUGUGCGCCCGACUCGCUCGAGCUGCUCACGUCGGCGGGCAUUGACUUUGCGCGGCACAAGGUGUAUGGCAUUGACCAGGCGCUAUUUGGCGAGGCACUGAUCACGUCGGGACUGGUCUUGUACGAGGAUGUGCGGUGGAUCUCGUUCCACUCGGGGUACGACUUUGGGUACCUGCUGAAGCUUGUGACGUGUGAGCCGCUGCCGGCGACCGAGGCGGCGUUUUUCGAGCUGCUGCACAAGUGGUUCCCAUGUAUCUACGAUAUCAAGUUCCUCAUGCGCAGCUGCAAGACGCUCAAGGGUGGUCUGCAGGACGUCGCGGACGAUCUGCAGGUGAGCCGCGUAGGCCAGCAGCACCAGGCGGGGAGCGACAGUCUGCUGACGGCGUCGACGUUUUUCCGCUUGCGCGAGCGGUACUUUGACGGCUCGAUCGAUACUGGCAAGCACCUCGGCUGCCUGUAUGGCCUGGCGAACACGACGUGCGCGACCAUCACCCCCACCGGGCGUGUGGUGUACCAGCCGGCGAGUGUCUCGACGCCGAACCUCUCCCAUGCGGGCAUCGUGUCGACGCCACUGACGCCGGGCAACAGCGCGCCGCUGACGUCGCCGCUGACGGCGCCUGCGCAGGCCGCGCGCUGA